AUGGCCGAUGCCUCCGCCGACGAUUUAGAUAACCUGCUCGAUAGUAAGUACUUCGUGCUAUCUCUCUCUCUCUCCUCAGCCCUCCCGAUACAUACGCAAAGUGCUGUAAUUGGUCUCGCCUUUUCUCAUGCUUCUCUCGCAGGUGCUCUGGAUGACUUCAGCAAUCUCAACCUAGAUCCCGGUCGGAGGUGUGAAUCUCCUUCCUCCAAUGACCUAGAUUACGUUCAGUAUUUCUCUUAUUUUUCGAAUUUUGUGUUCGUUCUAGGGGAGGAGCCGCUGAGAGUUCCAGCGGCGGCAGCGGCGUGGAAGCUAGUAGAGUGGGAGUGGAGGAAGCACCGAGUUCGGCUUCAUCCUCCUCGGCGUUCUUAGCGCCUGUCCAGGGUCUGGGCUUGGGGAUGGGCCUGUCACCGGCUCGGCAGUCGAAGAAGAAGGGUAGGCAGCUGCCUAGAGCCCGCGGGGCGCCCCCCAAAGACGUUUCUCAUGCCUCAGAGGCCCUUGCCAUGCUGACUCAGCAGACUCAACAUGCCUUCAUGGGACUUGAGUCUACCUUGGGUGCCCAGGGACCCCCGGGCAUCGAGGAUCUAGAGAAGGAGGGCAUCAUGGAGGACUUCGUGAAGCAGUUUGAGGAGAUAGCGGGUACUCAGGUAUUCAGGCCCUCUUUUAUGAUUGGACUCCCUCUUUGUUUGUGGUCGGAAUCCUGAACAUCAAUUUUUUUCGCAGUUUUCAGACGAAUAUUUCUUCAUUUACUUCGUAAAACUUCGCUCUAUUAUCUUGCUUUAUGAAGAAAGAGAUCCUUGGAAUUUCAGUCCAUAUUUUGAUAGUUUCACCACCGAUUUUUUUUCAGUCAAGUGCAGAUUUAUUCUCAUUGUUCUAAAUAUUUCUUAAUGUUGAAGUAGAUAAGAAUUACAGGGAUUGUUUUUGAUGAUAUGAUUGGAUUUACUCAACCAAUCAAGUGAUUUCUAGAGAAAUAAGAAGUGAAUUCACGACACCUAAGAACAAGUCGAAUGCAGAUUUCUUUAGCACUGUUCUAAAGAACUCUUAAUGUUGACGGAGGUAAGAGUUUCAGGGGUUGUCCUUGAUGCUAUGACUGGAUUUAUGAAGAGUUUCCGCUAAAUACUUUUUAGAGAAAUAAAAAGUGAAUUCACGACAUUUAACAAUAAGUCAUGUGCAGGUUUCUCGAGUAUUGUUUGGAAUAAUUCUGAACGUUGACAGAGAAAGAUUUUUGGCGGUUGUCCUAGAUUUUGAUGAUAUGAUUGGAUUCGCUAAACCCAUUGAAUUGUUUCUAGGGAUCUGAUAAGUAAAUUCAUAACGUCCAGGAACAAUUUAAAUGCGGGUUUCGUGUGCAGUGUCCUAAAUAAUUCUUAGUAUCGACGGAGAUAAUAGAUGCAGGUGUUGUCUUUGAUGAUAUGAUUAGAUUCGCGCAACUAAUUAAGUUCGUUCUAGGGAAAUAAGAAUUGAAUUCAUGACUGGUAAGAACAAGUCAAAUUCAGGCUUCUUGUGGAUUCUCCUAAAUAUUUGACGUUAAGAAACGAAGGGGUUUUCUUUGAUGAUAUCAUUGGAUUUACUCAACCCAUUAAAUACAUUUCUAGAAAAAUAAGAAGUGGAUUUACGACAUCUAACAGUAAGUCAAGGUCAGUCUCUUGUGCUUAGUUCUAAAGCGUUUCACUCUCUCUUCAUUUGAAGUUUUUCUCUAAACCAUGUAAAUCUAUUCGACCUCAAACCAUGGGGUUUCAUGAAAGGUGCAACUGGGCUUCCGGACACUGCUUGACUGUUCCUUUGGAAUCAUAAUCUAUGGACAUAAAUGAUGACUGCUAUUAUUUUUAUUUGUCAGCAGCUAGCCUAUUUUGGUUCUACAUCUUUUGACCCACCCUUCACUUCUGAUUACAAACAAUCAUAUUGUACUUACAUGAUGUUAUAGCUGUCGAGAUUUAAUGCAUGCUGUGUUCAUCCAGGUGGACCAGAGGGUUCCGAACCUAGUAUGUUUACCUUAAUAUAAUUGAGCGAUGAUAUUUACUAAUGAAUGUCUAAAUCGCAGUCUUAGUUUGCGUAGAUCGUGCUGACUGAUAGCCAUGAUUCAGUCAUUCAUGUACCUGUUGGCAGUAGAACUUCUUAGAAGUUUUUAGCAUAAGCUUCUCCUACAGUUUUUUAUGUCUCUAGUUAACACAAUAAAUAUUCCUGCUCACUGGUUCAGCUGUGCACCGUGGCUUGGUUUUCUUCCUUUCUGUGGCUCUUGUAACUCGCUUGCUGUGGACUUCACUUCCUCUGAUUAAAAGCAUCUUCUUGAGAGAUCCCCGAAUCAUUCCUACAGAUUAAAGAAAUAGAUACCUGAACUCUAGUUAUAUCAUACCUAAUCUGGUUUCCACGUUGGAUAUGAUUUCACUUGACUUAGAUCACGAGCUGGUGGUCAAAAUCUUCUGUUGCAAUUGGUUCCGCAGAAAGAACGCACGCUGCUUCUAUUUUUCUAGAUUUUUUAAUAUUCCUACCUCAAGUAGAGUUCUCUUUUUACAUUUUUUUUCUUCCUAUUUUUUGUCUGAAAUAAUUAUAUUAUUAUUUCCGGAAAAUGACUGAAUAUCCCAAUGUGUUUCUAUUUCUUCAGUUAAAUAGUGUGAAUUAUCUUGCGCAGGAUAUGGACUCCCUUGUGGAGACUAUGAUGCAACAAUUGUUGUCAAAGGAGAUCCUCCACGAGCCCAUGAAAGAGAUCGCUGGAAGGUACCCAAAGUGGUUGGAGGAGCAUUCAAAGGAGCUGUGCCCAGUAGACUACGAUCGCUAUCAUAAUCAAUACCAGUUCAUUCUGAAGCUCAACGAAGUCUACGAGAACGAGCCUGACAACUUCACCAAAAUCAUCGAACUCAUGCAGAAAAUGCAGGAAUGUGGUCAACCCCCCAGUGAUAUCGUCCAAGAGCUCGCCCCCGAUCUCGAUCUCUCCACCCUCGGUCAAAUGUAAGCAUUUUUCACCAAGGUUUAUAUGCUAUAUGGUAUGGAUUUCUAUUUAUAAAUAUAUUAUACACACAUUUUUCCUCCCUUUUUUAAGUUUUCCGACUCAAUUGAGAAAAAAAAACCAUAUAAUGGGUCUCCAGGCUUCGAUUGUUCUUGAUUUCCUCAUCUGGGUCCCGCAGAUCAUCGCCGGAUAGCUUUGGGGCUCCGUCCAACUGUUGCAUAAUGUGA